AUGACGAGGCGACAGGUCAUCGACCGACUGACUGACGGACUUACUGCCUACAAUAUCUUAAUUUUCUAUAUUUGUUUGUCCACAGAGGAAGAAUGCUACCACUGCAUGGCGAGCUUGGUGGCGUCCAAGGAAAAGAUGUUCAUCACACAAACGAAACUACUCAACGAAGUUACAUGGAAGACUGUUAUGCAGAUCGCUAAGAAACAUGCCAAGUCGGCGGCGCAGCACCUGUCGCGGCUGUCUGGCGCGAUCGGUCCUGAACGGAUCUACGCUGACUGGCAGUGGUGGAUCCUCGCCGCGCUGCCCUUCCCCCACCUCGUGAGGGUGCUCGACUGCUUCUUCCAUGAGGGGAUCAAGGUAUUCUACAGGGUGGCGCUAGCGAUCCUCAUCCUAUUCAACAAGCAUGCUUCGAACCAGAGCUCCGACUGGUACGCUGAAGCCACGAAGAAUGGCGUCGACCAUGCCAUUGACAAGUUCUGCAGGAAUAUGCCCGCAUCGCCUACUAAACUACUCCGGACCGCCUUCAGCAUAAGGGCGUUAAGUUCACAGUACAUAUCCCGGGUGUUCAUCAAGACAGAAAUGACGCUCAAGUCCAAACAAGUUAUCACCGGAUCCCGCCUCGUCCGCUCCCGGUCAUCGGACAACCUUCCCACCAGCCAAUCACAAGUCAACAUUCAAAUGAUGUCACAUACUCUUACAAUCCGCGAAGGCUCACAUUCGCCGGGCCCGCGCGCCCUAUCGAUGGGCGUAUUCCCAAUCCAAGCCAUAAGGUCGCAGAUUCUAGACCAGAGUGAACUGUUCACAUUAUGGUCGUGGUUGCCAGUUCGCAUCACUAUGUACCAACCAGUGUUGCUAUAUACGACUGAGGAGCACGGUUGCUCGUUAACCACUUUCUACGUCAGGGUGGAACACCAUGAACCAACAUUGCUCAUGAUCAAGACAUGUAAUAAUGAGGUAUUCGGUGCGUAUUGUUCAACGAGAUGGUUUGAACGCAACCAAAAGGAUGAGCGCGGUAACCGACAGGCUUACUUCGGCACCGGAGAGACAUUCCUCUUUAGCUUGCAUCCACUACGAGCAAAAUACCCGUGGGUCGGAUGUCUAGAGGACAAUGUUGAAGGUCCAAGCGAUCAGAAAGAGGCCAGGACACCACACGCCAAUUCUCUCUUCAUGGCCGCUGAUAAUACCAUGAUUACAAUCGGUGGAGGUGACGGCCAAGCGAUCUGGAUGGACGAGAACAUAAGGUUCGGCAAGACUGACCGCUGCUCGACCUUCAACAACCCGCCGCUGUGCCCGAGCGGGGACUUCGAGAUCAGAGUCCUCGAGGUGUACGGCUUCUCGGGGGCGUAAACCCCCCAACUUGAAUAAUCUCGAUAUCACCAUAGUUUCAUAUCCCCCGUGUGAUAAAUGUUGUGAUCGCUUCACUCUGCUGAAGCGCUACAUACGAGUGCGUGCCGGUCGAGGUUAUCAAUAGAUCCCCAGGGAUUUCAUCCGCCAUUAUCUCGCCAAUCCUCACACACUUCUGUGGACCCGUGGCGCCAGUGCCACGCACUGGGUACCCGGUACCCACCCUCACCAUAUUUCAGAGGAAAUCCCCCACGAAGCGAUGUAUUGAUCACCCUUUGCCGAUAUAACAGACUGUGUAGAUGUAUUCCUAAUAUUUAUUCUACAAGUUAAUCUCGGUGUGGACCCCGUAGCUGUCCUUUUCUAUUCAAAGCUGUCCGUUUAAGACAACGAAGACGGGGAAUGUAGGUUGUUUAAAUAUUUACUCGUGUUUAGAAUGUGUAAGUACAAAAAUUUUGAAUGUAUCGUACCUACUCUUGAUGGAUUAAAUAAUACGCUUAUUAUGAAAGCAAUAUGUAUCAGUGGGGCGCAGCCGUGCGGUGGGAACGUUCGGGGACUCGGGCGAUGCGAACAUUCCAGUGACUCGAUUCAUAACAUCGUUCUCUCAUUGCGACGACUCAGCCGAGUCGUACGACACGUACGAUCUAAUUCGGUCCAAGCAACAGUAUUUCGGUAUCGUAUUGUAUGUUCAUUAUUGCUUGUUAGGAUUUAUACUCGCUGAAAUUUUGUCGUUGCUCACAAAAAUGUACCAAAGAGUUUAUCUUGUAAUGAAUUUAUUUGUGACUCGAUGCUUCGUCAUAGAAUCACGGCGAUGUCGCACUACAUACGAACGAUAUGAUCGCGACCACAGACGCUCAGCUAACUUGUAGCUUGCGAACAAAUAUAGUAUAUCUGUGCUAAUAUCGCAAACAAUUUCGCUCCUAUCACGAAGACGGAAGGUUCAUCUCUCACUGCCAUCGUUCGCAGUCAAAAUAGUAUUAUUUAUUAUGUAUUUCAAAGGUGAUGUGCCAAAAUCGGACCAUAUAACGAAUUGGCUUUACUAUGAACUCCGGGUACCAAUCUGGAUUAAUUUCUUUUAUACAUAAAAUUUAUGUAAAAGUGAUUUUACAUUUAUUGUAUAUGUUUAUUAACGAAACGUAAGUGGAUUAGUUUAUUUUUGUUUUAUCGAAAAUGUGUCGAAAUUAUUUUAGUUAGUCGGUUUGAGUUCGUCUGUCGGACUGUGGUUGUUGUGUUGAAGUUAAUUGGUGUGCUACUAACAGUUAGUAGUAGUGCCGUUGAUAUUAAGUUUAAUAAGUGUUUAACUAGGGCGAGGGGAUUGUUGACGGUGUUGGUUUCGACAGACGGACGUCAGACACUCGUGAAGCAAUGCAGGCGACGUGUAGGUACAGUGGGGAACGAUAGAAAUGUGCAAACAUGUCCCUCGCGGUACAAAGGGGUACAACGUGCGUUCGUGUCACCCGCGGCUUAUUCCGCUACGGUUUAUUUGUAAAUAUUAUUUUAUGCAGUCCCCUAACUACCGGACCAUGCUCGACCAACGCUUUACAGUUUAAUCGCCGCACGAGGCCCGGACGGAUUGUUAUGUAAAAAUGUUCACAUGUACCUGAGUAAUGUGUUUAUAUAUUAUGUGAAGUUGUGAAUGUCGUUAAGUAUUGUAGCCCAUACACAAAUAUUAUAUCGUUUGGUUAAUAUAGACAUUCUAACUUUUUGAAUAUUUAUAAGGUAUUUGAUUUAGAGGACGUUAGUUUAGUAUAGAGAUUUGAGCGACCCGGUGCGUGGUCUGUUCAAUUUAAUACGCGAAGUUGCCUCUUGAGCAUAGUACAGCUCUAUAGUAUUUAAGAAUGAAGUUAAACUCAACAUAACAAGAUGAAAUUAUGGCUCCGAUUAAACUGCAAGGGUGGUCUCUAACACGGCAUGGUCGCUACUUAGUGGGCUGUGCGUAGCGAUGGGUUUCGUCAUGGUACUACAUGCUAUAUGUUAUUCAGAAGCCUAAGACUCGUUUUAAAUUCAAAUUAUUUAUGUAACUUAUUAAUUAGGUAACAUGUAACGUUUAUAUUGUAUGUUAUAAAGCGUCUCUCUGCGGCCGACGGACUCACGGUCACAUGUUUUUGUUUUUAUUUUAUGAAGUUAAGGAGAUCAAAGUCUUCGGUCUGCGCAGUCGAGGGCGGCACUAACUGUUUGUAUGCGGUCCUCGCCUGCACGGCCGUGUCGAUAUAUUUAUGUUAUGUACUAAGGUCGCCCGCACAGAGACGACCCUCGCGAUAUGUUGCUGUUAGCCAAUUGUCGUUGAUCAGUGUAAAGUCUAGUCUUUAUCCUGUUUUUAUUAUCUCUAACGAUAUAAUAUUAUGUAAACUAUAUACAAAUUGAUAUUUAAAAAAAAGUUCGUGCGUUUUUUGCUCCAUUAUGGAGCGCGUAGGCUCGUGGUUAGUUAGUAUAUAAGUACAUUUAAUAUAUGUAAAUUUAUUAAUCUCCUUUUUCCUUUUCAGUAUUGUGUCGUUUUUUUAUGUGAGGAGCAUAUCAUUGUGUGACAUGAAUGUGAGGCGUGGAUGUAGAGAGCUUUGUUUUGUUACUAUGUACUGUUACAUUCGAAUAGUUUAGUCCGCUGCGCACGCGACGGUCUCAAACUCGUUUAUGGUAAUGUAAAUGUUGCUUCAUAAUGUGUAAAAAAAUAUAUAAUCCUAUAUACA